CGGCGCAUUUAUUUUUCGUACCGAGAGAAUUGAGCCUGCACAACGCCCAACUUGAACAGCCUCGACAGUCUUACAAAAAGUAUUCUGCGCGACUAUGGCGUCCUCUAUAGGUGCACCCCAGCAGCACAAACAACCCUCACGUAAAGGCAAAAAGGCCUGGCGCAAGAAUGUCGACAUUACCGAAGUUCAGCAUGGCCUUGAGGAGUUGCGGGAGGAAAUCCUCCACGGAGGCCCGAUCGCCGAGAAACCUUCCGAAGAACUGUUCGCAGUAGAUACCCAGGGCUCAGCGGAUAUCAAAAAGAAAUACAACGUUCAAAAACCGCUCAAAAUCGACGAGAUUCUGACCAGGCGGUCUGCCGUACCCGCAGUCGACAGCCGGAAGAGACCGCAUGGAGCGGUUACUGAUGGAGUCAUUGAGUCAAGAAAGAAACAGAAACCAGAUUGGGUGAGCAAAAAGGAAGUACAAAGGCUCAAAGUCAGCAUCAACACGGUUUCACGUCUGGACGCGCAGAAUAUCGACGGCGAAGUCUCCAAUUUUGAUUUGUGGUCAGAGAACACUGCAGUCGAACAAGUCACUAAGCCUGAAGAAGAGUAUAUACCUAAGCCCAAGCCAAAGGUCGCCCCUCCCACACUCCGCAAACCACCCGUCCCCAUGACUGCCAAUGGGAAACCAGUCCGGCCGGUUAAGCAACCGGAGGCUGGCACGAGUUAUAACCCGGCAUUCGAGGAUUGGGAUGAGCUACUGAACAAAGAAGGCGAGAAAGAGCUGGAAGCUGAGAGACAGCGAUUGGCCGUGGCGCAAGCUGCGGCCGAAAAGGAAGCCAGGAUUCGAGCUCUCGCAGCUGCUUCAGAAACGAAUCCGGCAGACGAUGACAGUGCUUGGGAGGGGUUCGAAACCGAGCAUGAAGACCAGGAGAUGUUGGAGAAGAAGCGACCAAAGCGCAAAACACCUGCCCAGCGAAAUAAGGCAAAGAGAAGGAAGGAAGCAGAGAGGAUUGCCAAGCACGAGGAGAGAAUGGGCCGGAAGCAGAAACAGGCGGAGCAGAUGUUGCUGGAGCUGAUCAAACGGCAAGAGGAAGACAAACUAGAGCUGGCUCAGAACGAGCAGGCCGACCAAGCGGAAGAAGGAGACGACCGAGCUCUACGGCGACGGAAGAGGGGCCCCGCCUUGAUCCCGGAGAAACCGCUCGAGGUCGUACUGCCUGACGAGCUGCAGGAGUCCUUACGGCGGCUGAAGCCAGAGGGAAAUUUGUUGAACGAUCGGUUCAGGACUCUCUUGGUGAAUGGCAAACUAGAGGCUCGAAAGCCUGUGCUGCAGCCGAAGAAGAAGCAAGUCAAGCUCACGCAGAAAUGGUCUCACAAGGAUUUCAGCAUCAAGGUCUAGAUGGGUUCGUAUGAGAGCACAUGAUCGAAUACAUUCCGGCUUGUUUGUAAGACGGGAGUAUAGUCCAAUUCAUAUUUCGCCGUUGUUCCUAGGGUCACCAUUGAAUCUUCCGAUUUCUACUGGCAUGACGCCGUACUUGCCUUAUUAU